AUGGAGCUCCCCGAUGAGAAUGUUGAUUUGACCAAGAAAAAAUCGCAUGAAUCACCACCACAGCAUUCUCUCAAUCCGAGUUGGUCCCAGGACGAGACGGACGGGGUUCCUGAACCUGUUGAGAUUCAAAAUAUGCAAGUUCCGUUGGCAAUGGAGUCAGAUGACCCGCAAACUCAGUCUCUACAACCCAGCACGACAGCCCCACUCACUAUCAACCUGGCCCCAAAUGAGGUCCAGUCGAAUGAAGGUGACAAACAAACAGCACAGUUUGUACGAUUUGUCAAUAACAAUGUGUCUCCUAUUGGUACCCCGACUCAACUAAUGGAAUCCUCACUGACCCAAUCAUCCUAUUCGAAUCAGGAUCCCAGUUCGGUUUCAGAGUUGACAGAAAUCCGAUCGAAAACACAAAAUGCCUCCCUGGGCACGAACGUGGCUAGGGGGAAACAAAAAGACCACGGCAAAUGGAGUAAAACGCAACGUUCCAUCACGUCCGUCGGGUGUCGACUGAGAGCCAUUCAAAAUUCGUGCAAAUCCAACAAACUGAUUAUUGCCCUACGGAAUCGGAGAAAUUCGAACGGGAAAAUGGCUGCUCUUCCGUAUUUGUUCACGUAG